UUUCCCGAUGCCGCCGGUAUAUAGCAGUACAGAAGAGGCGUGGCACCUUUGACACCUGCGGCGGCGGCGAGAUUAAUGCUAUCCGAGAGGCGGAUGCACGUCGCGUAAUGUCGGCGUGCGGUGGAGGAGAAACCAAACCCGACCGUUGCUAAUAGUCGUGCGCGAGCUAGCGAGCGAAGCGCGGUUCUGAAUGUAGUUAGUAGGUAUCGUCUGCUCCGGGCUACAUCGCGCGUCGUCUGCUGCCGAAGCGAGCACCGCUGCCAUCGUCUGCUUCUUCUGCUGUUGCUGAUGUUCAUGCAUGCCCGGUUAUUUUUUCGUCUUUAUUUCCUGAACCUCGUCGUGGUCGACGCUUGACGGAAGGAGGGGGCCGUGCCGAACCGCGCCCCUCGGUCUCCCGCAGUUCAUCGGUUAUACGCCCCGCUGCGACUUCCGGACCCCCGGCGGAGCCGACGUAAAGUACUGCGAGUCGUCGCAGUGAGCAGCUAAAUCGGCAUCAACGACGGGCUCGUUUUCAACGUGUGGCUCGUUUGGCCGUGCCCGGGUGGGAUAUAUAACAGGUGGGCCAGCUAGACCAAGCCCACGCGCGGCCGGCAGCCGCCACCGGCGUGCAAAAAUCUGCGUGGGCUUUCUCCUUCGACGCGUGUACUUCAACGGGCGGCAGCCCAAGGCCCCUUUCGCUGGGAGUCGUGUAAGUACGUAUUCCGCACGACAGCGCGCGCGAGCGUGAGUGUGUGUGUGUGCUUUCGAGAAGUGGCCGUCGUUUGAAGGAGGACGCUAUGUGUGACGCGAUCGCCAGAUGCGGAUGGAUGCUGUCCCAGCUUCGAAGACCGGGCUAGCUGCUGAACGGUGACUCCGGUACGUAACGUCCCUGCAGGCCUGUGGGGUGCGCGCGGGACAAUCUGUAUACCUCAAUGUUUCUGUGAAAAAAGUUCCAGCAGCAUGAUUCGGCAACUACGUCGCUGAAACUGUGCGUUGUACAAUGUCCUGCCUGGUGCACGUUUCUGGAGGGUCAGUUUGCGUUCUUCUGGGUGCGGCGUUUCGAUUCGACUUGGAAUGAAAAUCGAAAAUGCGAAUUUUGAAUGAUCGCCUCCACGCAGCUCACUACUGGUGGCUACUAAGUCUUCCAUCAUGGACAAGUAGACUCGUCGAAUGACAGAAGUGCUGUAGUCGUAGUCGUAGAUACACGAGUGGCUCUCAGUUGCUUAUAGGCAUGCAAAUUAGGUGUACGUUCGUUCGACACCCUUAUUUUGAUACCCGAUAACGACAUAUUCAUGGGUCAUACAUUGGUAAAUGCCAACUGAUCCGUUUCCUACUAAAAGCUCGUUGCCUAAGCCGUUGUGAGAUUACCGCUUGCCAUUAUCUCGCCGGGUAACGAGGAAGAGAACCAGACCCAUGUUUAGCGGUGAUCAGUCACGACACGACUUCUAUGUCGGCGAAGGAUUGCGAAAACGUGGAGGCUGGUUUCCAAGGUCGAGGGAAGCCGGAAAGUCAUCUUCGUUCUCCCAUUAAUUAAUGUGUUGACGUCUCAGUCGUCGAAACAUGUCGAUAUAUAGCUGCUAAAGAGCAUAUAGCUAGAGACGCUAAAGAGUGAUACAGCUGUAAAACAGUGAACAGGGAGACGCCGUUGAAAGGCGUCCUGCUAACGCUGAUUGAAUAUAUAUUACUCAAGAUUAAUCAAUACUUCUUAGUAGCUUGUCUUUCUAUGAACGUACUGUGUAUAGACAGCGGGCUGAAAGUCGUGUGCGCUGAUUGCACCUUAAGACUACGUAACGUUCGCAAUUGGCUGUAUGGUUUUUCAUUUCAACUGACCAUAUGUCAGCCAUUCAUGGACACACUUUUAAUCAACGCAGUAAUGAUCCACAUAAGGAAUAUUCCCACCGUGGCGGUGUAGUUGGCUGACAUCCCGACGGGCCGUCAACUUCACACCAAGGGACGCAUAUAUCGCACCCUGGUAACGGAAUGAAACCCACCUUUGCGCAAUCAAUUCCGCGGUCAGAGAACAGCGGUUUCGAAGCAACGUCAUUUUUUCCUGUCGUCGAAAAACGCGUGAACACCGAUCACGCGUCCGGUGGCUGCUGUUCAUGAAUUUCAGAAGCAGACCGUGGUGUGUCAGUGAGUACUCUAUAGCGUUCUACACUUUUCGCGAAAACGUCCAUGAAUAUAUUUUACACAAAAUUAAUGAAUAUUUCUUAGUAGCUUGUCUUUCAACGAGUAAAAGAAUGAAUGCACCAUUAGCCGCCCUUCUGCAGGCCUAAGUGGACCUUUCUACAAAAUAUCUAGGUCUUCGAUGGGCGUGAGAGGUUACGGGGAUGUCCAGUACAAUCUGGCAUGGCCGACGUGCCGCCGGUUGAAACCCACGUCCUCGAUAGCAACCGCUGGUGUGCUGACCAAGCCACAUUCCGUAUAUAGACCCCAUCUGUCGCUUUCUUCGUGUACUUGACCUUGUCUGAAAGGUCUUGCGAAGUCAAACUGUUCGUGGUAGUAUAAUACUAUACUCUGCGGUACAAGUUCGCAUCGCGGGAUCGAAAAAUUUCGCUGACCUAUAAGUGUUUCCCUUUUUUUCCGGAAUUUCUCGAACAAGUCGUAACUCGCAGUGCUCUACACAGUGGUCGAGUGUUGUAAAUGAGUGUGCGUGCUAACGGUGAAAUUCAGCGCGGCCCGCGUCUUGACGGCAAAUUUCAAGCCCUGUAGAUCCUUCUUGUUAUAUAAUGACAGUCGCCCAUCUGUUUUCCUCAUUCGUACAAGUCGACCUCUACUGGAAAGUUUUGAGAGAAGUUUAAAAACUGCUGUAUAGCGCAGCGUUGGACUAUAUAACUAACGGUGCGAUCCAGCAUGGCUCGCUUCUGGAUCGGAAAGUUGAAGCCCAGCGCCUUGUUGGCGACCGUCGCCGUGUUGGGUCUCUACUACGUUCUGCUGAAGACUUCGCCCGGGACGUUGCGACAGACGCCUCGUCAAUUCAAACCCAAACAGCGUAGCGUGCAGUCGUGCGUACACGACCCAAUUCCGUGUCCCCGACUGCGCUACGCCGACAGGCGGCUGGCGAAGGACGACGACGCGGAGACCCCCGAGUCGAUGGGGCUGAUCGACCUGGCCAACUUCACCUACCUACUGGACUCGCCACCGUGCGGAACCUCGGGUCGCGACACGCUGCUGGUUCUCGUCCACUCGGCCGCGGCGCACUUUGCCGAGCGUGACGUCAUCCGCAGCACGUGGGGCGCCAGCGGCACCGGAUGGCCUAGCAAUGUGACGCUCAGGGUCGUCUUCAUGCUGGCCAGGACGCCCGAGGACCCGGCGCUCGAAGACCGGAUGGAACGCGAGAACCGCAGGUACGGCGACACGGUCCAGGGAAACUUCGUGGACUCGUACCGCAACCUGACGUACAAGCACGUGAUGGCACUGCGAUGGGCCUCGACUCGAUGCGGUUCUGUCGCCAUGGUGCUCAAGAUGGACGACGACAUCUUCGUGCACGUCUUCCAGCUGGCCGCCAUACUGGACAAGGUGGCGGCGGCGGCGUCAUUGAAGCCCAACGUGCUCUUUUGCUACGUCCAGAAGCAGAUGCCCAUCUCCAGGAGCGUGGGCAGCAAGUGGAAGGUCGCGGAGAGCGAGUACCCGGGCUCCUUCUUCGAGGACUACUGUUCCGGCUGGGCCUACCUGGCCGACAUGGCCGCCGUCCGGGCCAUGGCGACCGAGGCCCAGUACCGCCCUUACUUCUGGGUCGACGACGUCCACGUCACCGGCACCCUUGCCCGGAUGGGCGGCGUCUCUCGUUCCAGGAUCAACCACAAGUACACGACCGAGGCGGACUCCUUGGCCCUGUGGGCCAAGCCCGGAGACCCGAGGGACUCCGGGCUGCUGGACUGGGGCUACGCCUUCGGACCGACGUGGGGUGACGUGGCGCUAGUGGCGAGGGCGCACCGCAAGGUCAUCUGGUGCCGGAGGCACGCUUGCAAGUGCUGCUUCAAGGCGGUUAAUGCGAACGCUGGCGGCGCCACCAACGGCAGUUCGGCCAGGAACGGCGUGAUCGGCAAGGCCGUGGUGCAACGCUUGUCCGGAGUCUAGUCAUUCAUUUUUGUUUUGUUUUGUUUCGUAGAUGACCCGGACGUGUUCUUGAGCAGUGAUGAAAUGCAUGGGACUCAGUAUACGGGCGGCCAAGUGAAAGUGCGAGAUCGAUUGAUCCAGAACACUGCUUCGUAUGAGAAAGCGCACAGUGCUGGUUUUGAAACUUGAUGUCUUCGGCGCCAUGCAUCAAGCCCAUCAGAUGCACCUACCGGAUGGAUCGAGGGGUGCCAAAGGGAGCAAUAGUCAGACACGCCUGCCCUCUGGCAUUGACCAAUCAGUGUCUGCAGCGUCGGACGUUCAAUGCGCUCCGAUACUUGACGUCUUUCGCGGUCGGUGUUGCUGUUGUCGACGGCUACUGUACCAGACAGUUAAAGGGCACUCAAACACUUUUGUUGCUUCUCAUACCUUCGAGAAACCUACCGUGCUCGUAUCACCUCUCGUCUGGGUUGUGAUGUGCGUUUCGUUGCCUCACUGAGAAAUAGAUGCCAUGACAGAACUUUCUUUUUUUCCUUUCCUAAGAUAUAUUGUUGCGUACUUGCCGAACGAGACACGCCCGAUGCGUGUCUGGGGCAGUACAGCUGUAUUUCGCCGAUAUGAAGGGGUUGCUGCCUGCUGGACAGGCUUAUUGUCGCGACAAGUGCUCCUUCUGGCAGCCUUAUAGCUGGAGGACGCAUCGUGCCUUGAAACUUUAUUCUAAGCGCGACGUUACCCUUGCGGCUUUCAACUAAGCAUGGUCACCUCACAGCCGUGAUGAAAAUAAACGUUGUUGUCGACCGUGUGGCGUUAUUUUGGAGGCUGCAUCUUGUCCCAUGUACGCCAUCCGCCCCCCUUUGUAACGGUGUAAGCAUUGAAGACUUCCACCGGACACACACAGCUCAGAUGUUUUACAAACAACGGCGCUGUCGUCAGGAACAUUCGAAAGAAGCUUCCGGACCCCGCCUUCUUCACACGUGCACGCACGCACGCACGCACGCGCACACGCACUAUGUACAGGCAGUGGCAAAAGUUCACGAGGUGCGAGUUAGCGAAAACAUUCGUCGGCCUUCCACUCCGUGAAGAUGGUUAACCAGCGAAGCUGAAACGUGCGGCCCCGGUGUUUAUCGCUGGGUCAAUCCCGUGGGUUCGUAGACUCGGUUUCAGCGGUGAAUUAAAUUUUAUGCGUAAGUGUCAAAUGACUCAUUGAACGAAAUGCAGCUCCACUAACGUGAAACCUGGGGAGGUGCGAAGCAUGCAGUGAUGUAUCGCUAAUGGGCUCAUACUGCCUAAAGCAAUGGCUCAUAACCCCGUAAACGCGGCCUCCCCACUACGACGACAGAAGAGAAGUGAAAUUCUACGCUGGUAUGGUAAGCGGCAACGCAGCCAGCUGUGGAAGACGACGAAGAACGCGGGAGCAGUGGCACGAGCGCGUGCCGAGCGCGAGCAUGAACCGCUUGCUUUACCGUGACGACGACGACAGGAGACGCCGACAGCACGAGCGCAUAAGGUGCUUCGCACCUAAAAGUCGAAUGUCGGCCCGGUUACCGCUUGCGGCCAUUAAAGCAGUACAACCCUACAUUGGUCGCGAGCACUUGUAGCACAUUUGAAAUCAUGGAAGCGUUCCCAGGCUCAGCAAGUGUUCUGCUUUUUAAUGCGAUUAGCAUUCUUAGCCUACCUCGCCCACUAUUGAUUGCUGCUCCUUCCAGCUAUCUAGCCAAGAAACAGCGCUUUCACUCGCAAAAAAGAAAAAGGGAGAGAGAGAGAGAGGUACAUGUCCUACUCCUAAAAGUGAGAACGCGCCCAUUCUAGCUGACAAUGCAAAUUAAAGUUUUACAUCUGAAAUGGGCACCUGAAAUAGUUUAUUCGAAGUCAGAUAUGCCGAAGCCCCAUUAUACAGUGCCAGGGGGACAAUACCGGCUGCGGUUAGGAGGCCGCGUUUGAUUAAAGUUUCUUUGUUGUCUCCGAAGGUGUAGACGCUUGUGGUCUGUGGUGGCGCUGGAGCGCAUGGGUGUGUUAAGCCAACAUCCCUUACUACCUAUUGUAAAUAAAUGUAUGUGCCUUAAUUGCUGGAAUGCUAGUCGCGUGAAUGUCGACAGUCAUCGUGAGAUUGGUUUUGCCGGAAUUUUUAGAGCGCAGCUCUGCCUGCGGCGAGCGCCGGCGUCCUCGGCGUAACCGAGCGAACGAGCACAGCGAAGGAGGAAAGAGCGAACGCUGAUUGCUGCGGGGGAUGAAAGACGGAGAUAGAGCACGAGGAGGAACGCGGAGGAGGAGGGCAUGGCGAAAGCGUGAGAAGAAGAGCACAGUGCCGCGCAAGACGCCGGUUCGGCGGCGACGAUGGCUGCGAGGUCGCGACAGAGUAGAGCGCGUCGUCUGUUCACCGAUGACGCCACCGAUACCAUAUAUGGAAACAAAGCGCUGCAUGAGCGGAGGUCUGUUUGCGGCUGCUGCUGCGAAUCGCGCCCACGCGCUGCCUCUCGCGAUCGCCAGAUUGGCGAAGCAGUCCCGCCACACUUCGCUCCGUUUGCAACGUGACUCCCUAGACAGAUUGUCCGCGCCAGUCAAUAUGUCGCGAAAUGAAAACACGUAUAGAGCUGUGCUCAAAUUUCGCAUUAGGGAGUAUCGUAAUCGUCGGUGAUUUUUUUUUCUCAUGCCUCUAGAUAAGGCUGACAAAUAUAUGGAUCACCGUGACGUAUGCGCAUUCCGACUAUGGCGCCACGAGGCAGUCAGUGCGGCAAACAAAGCGUUGAUUUACAUCGCACACCGCCUCGGCGCGUCAAGGUGUAUACACCCCGAACGCCGCGCGGGCGCCUUUUCUAUUUCAAAACGGCGCAAACCACGCGUCGGUCGCGACUCCUUCAGGAGGCGUUAAAGACCUCCAAGGUGCCGCCGUGCUAUGGUAGGCGCUAAACCACCCCCUUCUUUUUGCAUUUGACUGCCUCUGCUUUACCU